UUGCUGUCGAGAUCCCGUAUGCCAUCAUCCCCCGCCGGCCGUCGAAUCCCGAUCCGACUCGGACAGAAGUCCCCAUUACACGACGAACGUCGCGGCAAACCGUACAUUUCAAACAGCAUCAAGACUUCUAAAUACAAUGUCUUCGACUUCCUUCCCCGGCAACUCCUUUAUCAGUUUUCGAGACUCGCCAAUGCCUACAUGCUCGUCAUCUCCAUCUUGCAAAUGAUUCCUGGAUUCAGCACCACUGGCAAAUUUACGACACUUAUUCCCCUUGUCAUCUUCUUGGGACUUAUCAUAUCUAAGGAAGGAUACUACGAUUGGAAGCGACAUCGCCAAGAUGUAGCAGAAAACAACCGACAGGCAAUGGCUCUUCGAAGAUCGAACCCAACCGGGCAUCAGUGGAUGCGCGUCAGCUGGAAAGAUCUCAAGGUCGGAGAUAUUGUCUCACUUUCAAGAGAUGAAGACGUGCCAGCGGACAUGGUUUUGUUGCAUGCUGAUGGACAAGAAGGAGUGGCCUAUGUCGACACAAUGGCCUUGGACGGCGAGACCAGUCUUAAAUCCAAGCAAAGACCGGCAAAGCUUCCUGAUUGUGGUACGAUCGAACAAAUCGCCUCUUCCAAUGCUGAGUUACUUGCCGAGGACCCCAAUGCGGAUCUUUAUCGCUUUGACAGCAAGCUUGCAGUGGACGGCUACACGAUACCACUCACUAUCAACGAAGUUAUUUAUCGAGGGAGUACAAUUCGCAACACGACGAAAGUCAUCGGGGUUAUCAUCAACACAGGAGAGGAAUGCAAGAUCAGGUUGAACUCGAACAAGGAGACAAGACCUAAGCAGCCGGCCUUGGAGAGAAUCACCAACUUCAUUGUCGUGUUCUUGAUGUUCUACGUCCUGAUAAGCUCUGCUGCGACGUCAAUGGGUUAUCUUGCUUGGAAAGGUUCCGAGGAGGACCACGCUUGGUACUUGUCCGGCGCUUCCGUUCCUUUCGCGGACAUCUUUGUCGGCUUCAUCAUAAUGUUCAACAACGUCAUUCCGCUUUCCCUCUAUGUCGGACUUGAGGCCACCAAGCUAGGCCAAAUGACCCUCAUCAGCAACGACUUGGAGAUGUACCACGACGAGACAGAUACCCCUGCAGGGGUCAAUACGACCAACAACCUCGACGACCUUGGCCAGAUCAGCUAUGUCUUUAGUGACAAGACUGGAACCCUGACGGAGAAUAUCAUGAAGCUUCGGAGGCUCAGCAUUGCUGGAACUAGCUGGCUUCAUCAGAUGGACGUACCAGAAAGCUCGACAGCGAGUGCUCACUCGACUUCCAAUUUGACGACUGAGCACAUGCUCGAGUACAUCCGAUCGAAGCCCAACUCCUUUUUCGCUUCUAAAGCCAUGAAGUACAUCUUGGCUAUGUCACUUUGCCAUACCUGUCUUCCGGAGAGAACUGAUGACGGGGAGAUUGACUUUCAAGCUUCUUCUCCUGACGAGUUGGCAUUAGUCAGGGGUGCGCAGGAUCUCGGUUUCCUUGUCACUCGGCGGUCAUCCCAGUCUAUCACGGUGCAGAUACCUCAUGCCGACGGCAACAGCUCUUGCACUGUUUUUGAGAUCUUGGACGUGAUUGAAUUCAGCAGCAAGCGCAAGCGGAUGACUAUAGUUCUUCGUUGUCCGGAUGGGAGAUUGUGGCUUAUCUGCAAGGGGGCUGACUCCAUCAUCUUACCCCGGCUACGCAUGGCUCCUGCAGACAUGAAGAGCACCCGCAACAGCAACGCUGAACCUCUGAAGGGCGUUACCUCAAUGCCAUCACGUUGGAGUUCACGACGGUCGAGACUUCCUGCUGAGACAGUUACUGAGAUAAGAGAGGACGACGACCGCUCAAUUUAUAGUCAAAUGUCAGGAGAUGUCGACGAGUUCGGAAUUCGGCUCCAGCCACAACGGCCGCAGAACAACUUAGCACGCGGUAGACAAAAUGAUCAAUCUCGGUUUGGAUUUUUAGAGGGGUCCUGGAUUGCGGAUGAGACUCGGACCCUUCGCGAGUGUUUCGCUCACAUUGACGACUACGCAACCGAGGGACUGCGCACUUUGGUCUACGCGGACAAGUUCCUCGACCCCGGAGAGUACAAUAACUGGAAACACCUCCACCACGAAGCCGAGACCAGCCUCGUGAACCGUCAAGAGCGCAUCGAGGAGGUGAGCGAGCUGCUAGAGCAGUCUCUUGAUCUUGUGGGAGCUUCUGCAGUGGAGGACAAGUUGCAGACUGGGGUACCGGAAACGAUUGAGAAGCUACGGCAAGCUAGGAUUAAGAUUUGGAUGCUUACUGGCGACAAGCGAGAGACGGCCAUCAACAUCGCUCAUUCGACACGAAUCGUUGGUCCCGAUACUUCUCUUUUCGUACUAGACGUUGAGAAAGGCGAUCUUGAGUUGCAACUUACCGGCGUUGCGGACGAGGUCCAAUAUGGUCUCCCGCAGGUGUAUUCUGACCCGACUCGCUCGCACACGGCAAUAGUGAUCGACGGCGAGACUUUGACUGCAAUCGAAGACCCAUCCGCGAUUCGACUCCGCCAUUUGUUUGUCACAAUGAUGACCAAGGUCGACUCUGUUAUAUGCUGCCGUGCAUCGCCUGCCCAGAAAGCCCUGCUCGUUACUGAAAUUGGCAAAGGCCCACAGAAGAAGUCACGAUGGUAUAGUUGGCUUAGUCCGACCACAAAUAAGCCCUUGACUCUUGCUAUCGGCGACGGUGCCAACGACCUGGCUAUGAUCUCUGCUGCCAACGUCGGUGUUGGUAUCUCUGGCAGAGAGGGUCAACAGGCCGGUCGUGUCGCGGACUUUAGCAUCUCUCAGUUCCGAUAUCUGUCUCGGCUGGUACUUGUUCAUGGCCGUUGGAACUACUACCGCACGACACGUUUCAUCUUGGCCACGUUCUGGAAGGAGACCUUUUUCUACCUCCCGCAGGCACUCUUUCAAGAGCAGACCGGGGCCACGGGCACGAGUUUGUACGAACCAGGAAGUCUUACUUUUGUGAGUUUCUUCACUGCGGCUUGCAUUCUCGUUAUCGGAACUUGGGAACAAGAUCUCCACUCGCGCACUCUGACUGUGGUCCCGGAGCUGUUCAAGUAUGGACAAAAUGCUGAGGGUCUGAAUAUGUCGGUGUACUUUAGCUGGUUCAGUAACGCAAUGAUUUCUGGACUCAUUGUCUAUGCGGGUGCCUGGGCGGGUUACACGGACUCUGAAAUGAUUGACGAUGACGGGCUGUAUGCGCAAGGAUUGCUGACAUUUGCGCUUUGUGGGGUUUGGGUCAACAUCAAGUUACUGGUAAUUGAGCUACACUACAAAACCAGAGUCGCCCUCUGGUCAAUCGUCGGCAGUAUGGCGGUACUGUGGGCCUAUCUGCUUAUAGCGGGUGCCAUCUCUUCACCAAGCGCGGGCCCAUAUUCCGUUCGCGGGGGACUGAUUUCACAAUUUGGCAGGGAUCCAGCAUGGUGGUCUACGCUUGUUAUGGUGCUGUGUGCACUGCUUCUGAUGGAGAUGGCUACGAAGGCACUGAGGCAGAGCCACGUCUUGCGAGCUUGGCUGUCGAGGUGUUGGUCUUCGAGUGAAAGAGUGGAUGGCAAGGGGGGUGGUGUCAGGGAGGGCUUCAACGACUGGGAGCCUCGUCUUUGGCAGGAAAUGGAGAGAGAUGCGAGUGUGAAGAGAAUUUUGCAUGGUCUCAGCAGAUAAUGAUGAGGGUGGACUCGUGGGUAGUAGCUACCAUCUUUUGAAAACAACCAGCACCAUGUAGACUUGAAUUGAGGUG